GUCAAUGAACUGCUCAGGCAACUUGUACCUCCUGGAUCUAUAAACCUAACAAAAAUUGUAGUAAAUACAGCGGAAAACGAUUCAGCCUACUUUGCUCUAUGGAAUGAUGGGAAAGUAAAAAGCGAAAAGACACUGCGGGAUUUCAUCACAACAUAAACAAGUGCACGCAGUUGUGGAACACAGAUUUUGUGACGCUGCUAACGGGGCGAAGAAUGACCAAAGAUAAGGAUCCUAAACAGGGUGUUGAAGGGAUCAAAUGGGGAAGAGGCGUCUGCGGCAGUUUCACGGGGGCUCUUGUUUCUGACACUGGCGACACAAAUAGAACGGUUUUAACAUUCACGCAUGAAUUAUCGCACGCGCUUGGGGCGAAUCACGAUGGUGAAAAAACCGCAAAGUCAUGCACAGACGUUGGACGAAGUAUAAUGAACCGUAAUUUUCGUGGAAUUGGAACAUCCUACUCAUUUUGCAGCAUGAAAGACAUCAAUACCUUUUUGAAGAAAGAUCAAGCUAAGUGCGUGUUUGAUGAACUACCGCGUGCACCAGCGGUAGACCCAGAAGUUCAAAAGAGAAGAAAGAAAGAGUGUGAUAAAUUGAAGGAAGAAAACGAGUACUACUACGUAAGGCAGGGAGGUAACUUCUGCAAGUAUAGCUGCCUGUUUGUGAAUUCGACCACAAAUGCAGCGACAAGAGAGGUUUGGGUAAAGGAAGAAAAUGGGACCCUGUGCAAUCCCUCAAACCCUAAACAG